AUGAGCGUCUUGGCUACAGCCAUGAGCUCGGCAUAUUUCCCCAUGAUAGGAAAAUUCAUUGCUGAACGACGGCCGCGGCUGGUGAUCCUGGAGAACGUCCGGGGGCUGCUGGCGCCCAACCCUGAGACGGACCACCCGCCCAUCGAUUUCAUACUGCGUGGGAAGAAUCCGGAAGCAUGGCUGAAGGUAAAGCGGGAGGGCUGCUACGAUGUCAUUCCCGGAGAAAAUCCGGAGGAUUGCUACCAAGGGACGGCGCCCAAUGCGGAUUGGGGCCUUAGUUUCUUGGAUCAGUUGAAUUGUGGUCUCAUCAAGGGCUAUGGGCUUCGGUGGGACGUGCUCUACAGCUGUGAUUGGGGGCUCCCACAGAGCCGGCCUCGCGUUUACAUCGUCAUGGUGCGCGACGACGCGGGUGGGCAAGCCGCCGCCGAGCGCAUCUUCGAGGACGACCAUCCACAGCUGGUGGCUGCCCUGCGCAAAGCUGCGAUCAAGCCUGACCAAAGGGCCUCAGGCGGACGACGUGCGUGCACCAAGUUCACUGAGGCUCUCUUCAGGACCAAGCGGCAGGAGUUGGGGUUGGAUCCCAAGGACCGGCCCUACUCUGGCAAGCGGCCGCCUGGCUGGCGUCUUGGCAGUCCGCGCUCGGUUUGGGAUGCGGAAAUAUGCUGA